UCGACAUAAACAAGGCUGCGUUGAACGACGGAGGCUGUUUGCAUUUUCUGCACAUUAUUUCAUCUUACGUCCUGAUUUUAUCUCAUGUAUUUAUUGCUUUAAUAGGUCACAGAGCUCGCAGGUUUUGAGAAACUGUGACCGUCGUCUUGUGGCGUAAAUUAUUAUUAAUUUCUUUGUCGAAGAGAAACAUUUUUGUAUUAAUACCCAGUUAAAACAUCUUUACAGUGGUCUCAAAUAGCAAAGCACGGUUCUUGAAAAAGCACACAGAAAUGAAUGUAUCCUGAUAAUUCCCAAGGUUUACAAUUGGUUGAUUGCCUGAAGAUGCUGCUGUACAGGGACAAAAGCCUCUGAAUUUUGUGCUUGGCGCUGCAGUCGUAAACCCACAUUAUAAUGGAGGCUCACUACUUGGACAUUAGAAGAAUAAUAAUUAUCAUGCGAAUAUUUAAACGAUGAAUUUGCAUGGCGAUAUAGCUCGUAGUUGUAAUUCAGGAUAAACGGUAAAACACGUUGUACAAACAUGCACACGCAAACUGGAUGUCGUGUCAAGGCAUGGCUGGAGUGGUCACCGUUGCUGACACUGAAAAUCUAAAAUCAAAUUAAAAUAUGAGGUUCAACUCACGCAAAACAUGAAACAGCACCACUUGCACGCUGGUUCUGUGUUUAUGUGUCGGCUCUGCAACCAGUUCUCUCCCAGUCACUCCCUGCUGGUGGACCAUUGCUCCCAGCUGCACCCCCUGCAGGAACCUCACGAAGACAUCAUCGUUGCACUGCAGCCCCUUGCGGGAGUGCCACUGGCGACCUUAGCAGAGACCUCGGUAAAGCGAAAACGAGGGCGACCAAAAGGCUCCACCAACAAAGUACGCAAAUAUCAAAGGGAAGGCAGAGAAGAUGUCGCGCUGUCCCCGGUAGGAAAAGUCCAAAGACAAGAGGGACAGAAAGAGGAGGCCGACACGCAGGGUAUGGCCCCAAAUGGCGAUGACAACAAAAUAGCUGAGCUGAAAUGCAACGACUGCCAUCGUUUGUUCAGCAACAGACGGCAGAUCGUCAAACACAUCUGCCUGAAAGCGCAGUUCGAGGAAGAGGAAGACGACGACGACGACACUGGCAGCAAACGCAGCGGUCUUGAGGAUUGUGAAAAUUUGGACCCGGAGGGACCAGAUAAAACCCAAAAGCAACAAAGCCCUAAAACGUCAGGAACCAAGGGAAGAAUUGGAAUGAAGAGUUUUCAAACCUCGAAGUGCAGCAAGAGCAGUCAAAUACUUUCGAAUGGGGAACGUCUCCCCACCUCCAAAGACGACGAAAGCGGAAGCAAAAAAAGUCUCAUCGAUGUCCUUCUCACUGAAGAUGAGUCGCUCCCAGGUGUCAUUAAAAUGAUUCCAGUCGAGAACAUUUCUGGUGUUUCGGAGUAUUUAAACAGUUCGGGCGGGUUUCGGAAUGCUGCAGUUCCUCAGGAUGAUGCAGAAGACAUUGCAAGUCAGUCUGCAGCCGGUGUUGAAGACCCCAAAGCAGACCAGGACCCGAGUUCCGACAGAACAGAAAUCACACCCGGAAAAGGCUUCCUGGAAUAUUCCGUCAAGCAAGAUGUCCCCAAUUUGAUCCCGAGCCAACUGAAGGUCUUUGGCUGUGAGUUCUGCAAUAAAAUCUUUAAAUUUCGACACUCGCUGAUGUCCCACCUCAGGACUCACACCCAAGAGAAACCAUUCAAGUGUCCACACUGUGACUAUGCGUCCUCCAUCAAGGCCAACCUGAACGUUCACCUUAGGAAGCACACCGGAGAGAAGUUCAGCUGCCAACAGUGCGCCUUCAAAUGCCUCAACCCGGGACACCUCAAGGUCCACGUCGAGCGUGUCCAUUUGAAGGUGAAGCAGCACUGCGGCUUCUGUCAAAAGAAGUACUCCGACGUGAAGAACUUGAUCAAACAUAUCGAAAAAAGUCACAAUUUGAAAGACCCGCUCAUCCAGAAGAGCUAUCAACAACUGAGGCUGAAGACUCGCCAGGGACUGCGACAACUGCUCUACCACUGUCCCACUUGCAGCCGCUGCUUCAAGAACCAGAUGGAGCGCGAGCGCCACUUGCUGGUCCACGGGCCUCAGCGGCCCUUCGCCUGCUCGCUCUGUGACCAGGCCAAAACCUGCUUGGCCACCCUGGCCGCUCACGUCCGGAAGCAUCCCUUCCUGUACGUGUGCCGCACGUGCGAGGGCAAUUUUGUCAGCAGUCAGAGACUCAAGCGGCACCUCCUGGAGGUUCACCCUGAGUUGGAGCAGGAGGAGGCAUUCAAAGAGUGUAUUAAAAACAGCUUCUACCUGAUGAACGGUGGAAAAAUCUUACCGGUAGAGGAGGAAAGAGAGGGCAGAGAGAGAGGCUUGAACGCAGAAGGAGACGCCGAGUUGCGAGAUGAGAGCAGAGAAGAUCUGAUGAGAACUGGCGAAGACGGUGAGGAGUGGAGGGAUGGGGAAGACGACCCGCAGAAAGCAGCAGCAGCAGCACCGGAAGAUGCGGACCGUGCUGAAUCUCACGCUGAAACUGUUCAAGCAGACUGGACUGGAGAAGGAUUUACUCAAAAACAGGAAGUCAAAAGCGUUGCCGAGAAACAGAACGACGGGCGCGUGGAGUCCUCUGCGACGGCACUCGCACACGACUCUGCGGAAAGCGAUAAGCCGGGGCACGAGCCGCACUCGGAAGACGCGACCGCCGAUCCAGACGUUCAGUUGGCGGAUGAUCGCGAGUCCGCCGCAAACACUCCAGUGAACAAUUUUAUCCCACGCGCGCCUUUGCCUUCAGCACCUUCAGAGGAAGACGCCCAAACGGCACAAUCGGAGCAGGACUUCCAAUUAAGUGCAUUCCAGCAGGUGUUGCUAUCACUUCCGAAAACUCUUCUUGAUAUGGAGACCUUCCAGCAGCUUAGGAAAAUAUACGGAGACCUGGAGUGUCAAUAUUGCGGGAAACUCUUCUGGUACAAAGUCCACUACAACGCCCACGUGCGCACACACACAAAGGAGCACCUGCACUACUGCUCCAAGUGUAACUACUCGUCCAUCACCAAAAGCUCUUUAACGAGGCAUCUGAUUCAGAAGCACAGUGGCGUGCUGCUGCCGUGUUCCAGUCCGGGAUGUAAAUACACGACUCCUGACAAAUACAAACUACGAGCCCAUCAGACGAAACACCAAAAAGAGGGGAAAAGUGCGCCCUGUCCCAUCUGCCAAAAAACCUGUCCAGAGCACAGGCUUAAGCAACACAUCCAAGUCUUGCACCCUGACGCAGUACCAGUCAAAGGCCAGAAGGUGAAACGAGCAGAGAAAUGCCCAUACUGCGAGUCCUACUACCUCAAGAACAGCAGCGAAUUUCAGCAGCACAUCUGGGCCCACCAAGGCGUGAAGCCAUUUGUCUGCAAUAUUUGUGACUACGCGAGCCGCAGCAGGAACAACUUGAAAAAUCACAUGAACCGACAUAGCAGCGAAAGAUCUCACAUCUGCGAGCUGUGCGGUAAAACGUUUAAAUCCAAAAUGUCGUUGAAGAGCCACAGACUGAGCCACACCGACCAGGGGAAGCAGUUCAGCUGCUCAGAGUGUGACUUCAGUUCCGCUUUGAAGGCUCCCUUGCUGAGGCACAUGGAGCAGCAUGCGAGAUUUAAGCCAUUUCAGUGUGGUCACUGCCUCUACUCCUGCAACACGUCCGGUCCGCUGAAACGACACUACAAGACAAAACACCCGGGUCAGGAGUAUCAAAAUGUCGGAGAAGGUCUCUCAGAUGCGGAAUAUUCCGCGCAACAAGCCAUCAAGUGCCCUGAAUGCAGAUUUGUUUACGGCACCAAAUGGGAGCUGAAUCGGCACAUGAAGAAGAAGCACGGUACAAAAGAGACGGAAUGCACUUGGGAGGUGGAAGAGACUGUCGACAGUCAAUUUGUGCCUUUGGACCAAGAAGAGGAGAUGACAGAAGAGCAGGCUGCCCUGCAAGACAAUGGGACUGAUAAUAUUCUCCAGCAGAUUGUCGAGUUAAGCUCAGAAACUCAUGACGCCAUCACGUCCAUGGUUGCCAUGGCUCCCGGCACCGUGGCCGUGGUAGAACAGGUGGUGGAUGAGGAGGAGGCCGGCGACCACCAGCUGAUGGUCGUGGACGCAGACGGGGAUCUGUCCGCCGAGCAGGUGAUGGUGGUGGAAGAGGGGCAGGAGCUGGAGGCCCUGAGGGUCCUCACGCAAGACUACAGCACUCAGCACUUUAUUGUCUACGUUCAGGAACAAACUGUGGAAAUCAACUCGUAAUGCUGGCGUUUCAGAAUAGACUAUCAAUAUCUUUGCGUUAUCAUCAUCAAAUAUUAGUAGAUAUUAUACAAUAAAGCAUUGCAGUCUGAAUUGUGCCACAGGUUAAAUGUGCAAUACUUUCUUCCAUUGCAAUACUGUUUACCUCCAGAGUUUAUUUAAUAAAACGCCGUCUUGUACUGGUUGGUGUGUAGCUCUAUGUACUAAUUGAACAGAAUUGAUGUUCAUAAUGAAUAAAUGAAAUAUUGAAAUGGCGAAAAGACAACAAUUUAAAAAUUGCUGCAUUUCUCUCUGCCUAGAUAUUGAGGUUGUUGCCCCACCCCCCCCAAAAAAAGAUUACAUAUAUGAGACCAUGUCAAUAAAUUAGUUUGUACUUCUUUAAUUCACUAUUUCAAUUUUCCAAAUUUAACAGAAAAAUACUUUUCGGAAGGCCAAUGACUAAUUUCUACAAGAAUAUGUAAUGUUCUAACUUCUUGGUAUGGUGGAUUUUGUG